GCGGCGGUGCGGGUGUCUGACGGCGGUGCGUGUGCCUGCAGAGCGGGAAGCGGUGGCGGAGUGCGCCCUGCAGCUGCGCAGGAUCGGCGACAAGUGGGACCUGCGGCAGAAGAUCCUGAACCUCCUCACGAAGCUCUUCUGCCCGGAGACGUGA